AUGGACGAAGAGAUUCCAUCAACAUUGCGUUCAUCUCUAUCAUUUGAAAUAUAUAACAAAUCUCAUCUUCACGAAGAUCAUGAUUACAACAACAACAAGGAUCCAGAACAUGUUUUGAAAAGAACCGUUUUGAGUUUAGAAACCAUUGGUAGUGAUGAGUUCACCUUUGAAAGGAGCAAAAUGGAUUUGAUUGAAGAAGCUGAGAAUGAGAUUGAGAAUGAUUGGUCAACUGAGAUUCAGAAUUUGAGUAUUGAUGAUGAAGAUGAUGAAGAUGUUCAGCCUUCUACUCCCCCUAUGUAUCUUGCAACAGGACUUGGAGUUGAUGGUGGUGAAGUUGUUGUAUCUGAUAAUAAUGAUAUGUUGUUUGUUCCGAGUUUGCAAGAAAGUGAUGAUCUUGAAGAGUAUUACAAGAGAAUGGUUCAUGAGUAUCCUUCUCACCCUUUGAUUCUCAAAAAAUAUGCACAUUUUUUACAAGGUAAUGGGGAACUUCAAGAUGCAGAGGAGUACUUUAAUCGCGCCACUCAAGCUGAUCCUAAUGAUGGUGAAAUCUUGAUGCAUUAUGCGAAACUGGUGUGGGAGAAUCGUCGUGACAGAGAUAGAGCAUCGGUCUAUUUUGAACGUGCCGCUCAAGCUUCGCCUCAAGACAGCGAUGUUCUUGCAGCAUAUGUUAGUUUUCUCUGGGAAACAGAAGAUGAUGAGACUGAAGAUGAAAAUCGUCAACCUCAGAAUGACAUGGAAAAACAAGAGACUGAACUUGUCAAUACCUCAAAAAAAGAAAAUGGCGUUGAAAAUCUUACAACAGCUAAUUUAAACGAAGACAUUAAUGAUGCAGAUUAUUUGAAGAAGAUGAUCGAUGAGAAUCCUAAAAAUCCUUUGUUUCUGAAAAAGUACGCUCAGUUUCUGUUUCAGUCAAAGAGAGAUCUUGAAGCAGCAGAGGGCUACUACUCAAGAGCAGUCUCAGCUGAUCCCAGCAACGGCGAAACCAUAUCGGAAUACGCUAAACUACAUUGGGAACUUCAUCAUGAUCAGGAAAAAGCCUUGUCUUUGUUUGAACAAGCAGUUAAGGCUACCCCUGAAGACAGCAAUGUUCUUGCAGCAUAUACAUGCUUUCUUUGGGAGACAGAAGACGGCGAAAGCUGA